AUGGCGGGCGGGGCCCGGGAGGUUCUCACACUGCAGUUGGGACAUUGUGCUGGUUUCGUGGGCGCGCACUGGUGGAACCAGCAAGAUGCUACGCUGGGCCGAGCGACCGAUGCUAAGGAACCGCCGGGAGAGCUGUGCCCCGACGUCCUGUAUCGUACGGGCCGGACGCUGCACGGCCAGGAGACCUACACGCCGCGACUCAUCCUCAUGGAUCUGAAGGGUAGUUUGAGCUCCCUAAAAGAGGAAGGUGGACUCUACAGGGACAAACAGCUGGAUGCCGCAAUAGCAUGGCAGGGGAAGCUCACCACACACAAAGAGGAACUCUACCCCAAGAACCCUUAUCUCCAGGACUUUCUGAGUGCAGAGGGAGUGCUGAGUAGUGAUGGUGUUUGGAGGGUCAAAUCCAUUCCCAAUGACAAAGGUCCCCCACUACUCACCACGUCUACAAACCCAAAACCACUUAUCCCUACAGAGGACAGCAUAAGGGUCUGGUCAGACUUCCUCAGAGUCCAUCUCCAUCUCCGGAGCAUCUGUAUGAUUCAGAAGUACAAUGAUGGGGAAGCAGGUCGGCUGGAGGCUUUUGGCCAAGGGGAAAGUGUCCUAAAGGAACCCAAGUACCAGGAAGAACUGGAGGACAGGCUGCAUUUCUACGUGGAGGAAUGUGACUACUGCAGGUGUGGCGUGGCUGUGUGUACCCCAGGGUGGAAGCUCUUCUCAUCCCCCUAUCUUUUGUCACUCACCUCUGCCCAGGGCUUCCAAAUCCUGUGUGACCUGUAUGAUGGCUUCUCUGGGGUGGGCACUAAGGCCACAGAGAUGCUACAAGAUGAAUAUUCAGGGCGGGGAAUAAUAACGUGGGGCCUGCUAUCUGGUCCCUACCAUCAUGUGGAGGCCCAGAGAAACAUCUAUCGUCUAUUAAACACAGCUUUUGGUCUCAUGCACCUGACUGCUCACAGCUCCCUCGUCUGCCCCUUGUCCCUGGAUGGGAGCCUGGGCCUGCCAGAGCCACCUGUCAACUUCCCUUACCUGCAUUAUGAUGCCACUCUGCCCUUCCACUGCAGUGCCAUCCUGGCUACAGCCCUGGACAAAUUCACUGCUCCUUAUCGCCUGUGUUCCUCCCCAGUUUCCAUGGUUCAGCUGGCUGAUAUGCUGAGCUUCUGUGGGAAAAAGGUGGUGACAGCAGGAGCAACCAUCCCUUUCUCCUUGGCUCCAGGCCAGUCCCUUCCUGAUUCCCUGAUGCAGCUUGGAGGAGCCACCCCGUGGACCCCGCUGUCUGCAUGUGGUGACCCUUCUGGAACACGUUGCUUUGCCCAGUCAGUGGUGCUGAGGGGUAUAGACAGAGCCUGCCACACAAGUCAGCUCACCCCAGGGACUCCUCCACCCUCCCUGCUGCACACAUACACUGGGGAAGAAGUCUUGGCCCAGUAUUUACAGCAGCAGCCUAGAGUCAUGAGUUCUUCCCAUCUGCUGCUGACCCCCUGCAGGGCGGCUCCUCCUUACCCCAACCACUUCUCAAGCUGCAGUCCGCAGGGUAUGGUUCCGGAUGGUUCCAUGAAGGGAGUGGCAGUGGAGAGCAUCCCAGUGUUUGGGGCACUGUGUUCCUCUUCGUCCCUGCACCGGACUCUGGAAGCCUUGGCCGGAGACCUCACCAAACUUGACUUGUGGUGCUGGGCCAGCUUCAUGGAUGCUGGAGUGGAGCACGAUGACGUAGCAGAGCUGCUGCAGGAGCUGCGAAGCCUGGCCCAGUGCUACCAGGACGGUGACUGACAGCCUCGUGGACUCAAGUUCCCAGUGUGGGGCAGGUGCUAGCUUGCAAUGAGAACAGCUGGAUGCAGGUGUCUUCAUGCAGAAGAGCUGUGUCACAAGACUAGCUACACCAACACACACACUUAUUACAUUUAGAAACCCUGUGAUUAGACCACAGAACAAUAAAUAUGUGCCAUCAGACCAAAAAAAGGUAGAGAAAGGACCUGAGCCCCACUCUCACUCGAUGCUGUUUACAGAGCACAUCAUAAGGUUUUCAUAAAAGCCCUUGAAGGAUGCCUAGGAUGGCACAGCCCCUGGGCCCGACUCCAACCUCCGGCCUUUGUCCUCGUCCUGGGCUCCUGGUCUCCAGCUUUGUAAACUGGGUGCAAGGGUUGUACAAGGAGAGUACAACUGCCCUGCUCCCCGGUGUCGGGGCACCUGUUGGGUUUGGUCCUGUGUGGAUGAUACCCAGGCAUUCCCAGAGUCUCACUCAUCCAGCUCCUCUUCAGAUAGAAGGUCCCCAUGGUCAGACAGCUGGUCCGCAUUGCUGGUACUGGUCGCAUCAUCCUCAUCCUCGGAGCUGGCCUCACAGGCAGUGUGGAAGAGCUGCAUGAGUUCUCGAAAACGGUGGGAAACCUGAGAAAGGAGGAGGGCUGUAUUCACUGAUCCUUAGAAACAGGUUAACAUCUAUGAAGCACU